AGCGAGUAACGACUAGCGAAGGGUACUGCAAGUUGCGUCAAUCGUGUUCCCUUGAAACACUCGCCACUUCUUUCUUCCCAUAACUUCUCCAUGGAAACUACUCCCGCUCAAUCUCAUUCUCGUUUCAACUGUUUCUAUUAUCUCUAGCCGUACUUCCCAUUACUCCAGAAUCGGCAUUCGAAGUCAGAAACCCAUAGAUAGUUACUGCUCUUCCAUACAAACAGGGGAUGGAGUCUGGAAAUGGUGGUCUGGCUGAAGAGGAUGAGAGGGAAUGUUUGAUUGACAAAGAAAAUGGGGAAGAGGUGUUUGUGGAAAUGCCUAAAUCGUCUUCAAAGUCGAAAGAAUCUGGGGGAGAAAGUUCAUUUGCUUCUGCUAAAGGAGUUGAUUCAUCCAAAACUCUUAAGACUUCUCAUGUGAGUAAAAAUGGAACUACCAGCAGAAGAACAAGUUUAACCGCUUCUACUAAAAGCUUUGAUCAGUCUAAGGUUGGCAAGUCUUGUUCUGCUAAUGGAACUGAUUCAUUGAAAGGAACUGGUGGAUCGUCCAAACCCAUAACAAAUGUUAGGCAUCGUAAGGAGGAAGAGGAUUCUAAUUCUACAGCUUCAUCCAGUGCCACUCCUCAGGGACAACGCAGGAUUAGUGGUUCUGGAUUUUCCUUUAGAUUGGACCAGCGUGCUGAAAAACGAAAAGAGUUCCUUACAAAGCUAGAAGAGAAGAUACAAGCAAAGGAAGAGGAAAAGAGCAAUUUGCAGGCAAAAUCCAAAGAAAACCAAGAGGCCGAGAUAAAGCAGCUAAGAAAGAGCUUGACUUUUAAAGCUACUCCAUUGCCAAGCUUCUACAAGGAACCUCCUCCAAUAGUUGAACUGAAAAAGAGGCCCACAACUCGCCCUAUAUCUCCUAAGCUUGGGAGGAACAAGUCGUCUGCAUCACCAGCAACCAGCGGUUCAGAAUGUCUUAGCCCCAAGACUGUAAACAAACCAGGAAAGUCUCCCCGGGCCUUACAAGCAAACAGCAAUAAGAAUGGUGCGACCUCAUCAAAAGGGAAAAUAAUGAACCCCCGAGAUGUCGAUCAUCGUCAUCAAUCUUUAGAGGCAAAAGAGAGAACAAAGAGCUACGAUGAGGAGUUACCUUGUCCUGACCAAACUGAAGUGGAUGUAGGAAAAGACAAUGUGGAACACGUUCCUGCUUCGAAUACAGUCUCGGUUGAAGGUUGAAGAUCCCAAUUUUAACUAUACAUAUGUCUUGUGCUUAUUUGUUUGUAUUUUAAAUAGGCUUUUAAAAAGUUGCAAAUACAGUGCUUGUAUGUCACCUGAACGACUCACAGCUGGUUCCUCUCCUACAUAUAAGUCAUAUAUAGUGUCAUUCACUUUUCUUCUGAGUUAUAUUUGAAUUCAGUAUCCCAGUCAA